UGUUAGCAACAGAAAGAAAGGAAGACAGCAGGAGAAGGAAGAGACCACAACAACAAUGAAGUUCUGUGCCAGGCUAUUGUUUCUAAUGUAAGAACCAUGAAUCCACCUUGGUCUUGGGAUUCUUCUUGUAAAGAGCACCUGAAUAAACAACAAAGCCAGAAAGGUAAAAACAUCUGGCCCAGAUAAUUGGUACCAAGGGGGUGUCUUAGAAGCUAGUGCCUGGUGGACUGAGCAGUCUUGUCUGGCCACAUGUAGAUGGAAGAAGAAAAAUUAAUGAUUCCUUGGUUGCUCUCAACUCAGCAACUAUUGAGAACAUUAAAGAAAUGGAAGAAAAUGAUGGCAUCAAAGAAGAGAGUAACAGCGAUGUAAUACAACAUAAAGAAAAUGGAGACGCUGCCCCCGUAAUAGAACCAGGCGUUCCAAAGGUGCAACCUUCAUCUAAACAGUUUGUAGAUCAAGAUACACAGUCUGAUAGCAAAGUUAGCAUUUUCAGACGAAAAGAAUUCACAGACCAAAGUGAUCAAACACACACUCCUCCUGCCUAUGGAACUACUAGUAUAGACUCCUCCAGAAAACAAUCUAGAAAUAGUCAGCAUUUUGAAACUCAGGAACAACAAUUCCCAGGCCAGGAAUCCCGCCGCAAUAGUCAGAAGGUAGGCCACCAUAGCACUCACGUCUCAGACCAGGAAUCCUGGCAUAGUCAGCCACUCUCAGGCCAAGAAUCCCGUCGUGGCAGUCAAGUGCUACCUGGCCAGGAAUCCCGUCGCAGUAGUCAGCAUAGUCAGCAUCUCCCAUGUCAAGAAUCUCGGCGAAGCAGUCAUGCUAGCCAGAAGUCUUCUAGAACGCAACCUAUGAAUGAAGCAGAAACAAAGGAACAUCCAACUUGGGUCAGUCAAAGGACAGGGAAAGUGGUGAAAUGCGAAAGCCAGCAGACAAGUAGAGUUUGGGAGUUCAAGCCACUUGCCGAUAUUCUUCAACCUUAUAAUCAAGUAGUUCAUAAAAGCAGAAGCAUAAAGAAAUCAGCUGCUCACAUUUCUUCUCAGCUUGUAGGGCAAGAAGCAAAGAUCAGCAGCCAAGAACCAAGAAGUCAGGCUUCACAACAGGGUACCGAACAACCGAAAGAGGUCGUGUCUUGGAUUAGCAAAAAAGGAAAGUUAGUAAAAUGCACAAGUCAACAGACAAGCAGAAUCUGGGAACAUAAACCCCUUGCAGAAAUCCUUUCUAAACAACAGGCACAGAGCAUCAGAGAUUCUAAAGAAAAAGUGAUCACAGGAGAGACGGUUCUUCCCAAGGGGCCAGAAAAAGAACUGGCAGAAAUAGCUAAGACACAGCUUAUCAGGCAGGAAAGCCAAAAAUCCCAGCAAGGCAGUCAGGAAUUAAAAGGAAAGGAAUCCCAAGAUGACAGACAAGUAAAAGAUUUGAUAGCUGCAGCUGGAAAAGUGGCAGAUAUAACACUACAGACUGACAGCAGUGUGAGCAUUUUCAGACGUAAAGAACUGAUGGAUCAAAAUGAACAAACAGGUCUCUCUUCUGGCAGUUCAACAAGCAGCAGAGGAUCUAUGCAAAAGUUUCUACAGGAAAGACCACAACAAAAAUCCCAGUUCGAAACUCAAAGGGAAGGACAGGAAUCAAGACGUGGCAGUCAAGAUAUGAAAAGUAAGCAGUCACUGCAUGUCAGACAAGAAUCCAAAGUUCAGGAAUCCAAACAUGAAAAGGGAGAACCAGAAGGUCUAGGAUUGGUGGAUGACAGUAAAAAAACAGAUGCUAAAGUUCAGGAACCUUCAGCAGUAUCUGGCAUUGUUUCUGAUGAGAAAAUUGUCCGGAUGACUGGAAAAAGUGGAGCACAACUUAAAUGUUCAGGUCAGCAAACAAGUGAGAGUCUGUUCAAAGACUAUCUAAUAGAAUUAUAUGGUUCAGUUCCUAAACAGAAAAAAAGUCAGACCCCAGAGAGAAAUGAGUUUCUGAGGGAAGGUCAAGAAUCAAAAGUAACAGCAGAAGUACAGCAGCACAUUGUGCAGGAAUCUAAAAAGAGCAUCCAAGAACCAGUCUUGCCAGGAUCCAGAAAAGCCAGCCAACAGCUGGAAGCUCGAGGUUCUAGAAAGAGUCUCCAAGAAUCAGAGGUACGAGGGUCCAGAAAAGCAAGCCAAGAGCUAGAAGCCCGAGAAUCUAGAAAAAGUAUCCAGGAGCCAGAGAUUCCAGGGUCUAGGAAAGUCAGCCAAAAGCUGGAAGCCCGAGAGCCUCGAAAGAGUCUCCAAGAGCCAGAGGUUCCAGGGUCCAGAAAAGCCAGCCAACAGCUGGAAGCCCGAGAGUCUCGAAAGAGUCUCCAGGAGCCAGAGGUGACAGGAUCCAGAAAAGCCAGUCAACAGCUGGAAGCCCGAGAGUCUCGAAAGAGUCUUCAGGAGCCAGAAGUGCCAGGAUCUAGAAAAGUCAGCCAACAGCUGGAAGCCCGAGAGUCUCGAAAGAGUUUCCAGGAGGCAGUGGUGCCAGGGUCCAGAAAAGCCAGCCAACAGCUGGAAGCCCGAGAGUCCAGAAAGAGUCUCCAGGAGGCAGAGAUUCCAAGUUCCAGGAAAGCCAGCCAACAGCUGGAAGCCCGAGAGUCCAGAAAGAGUCUCCAGGAGGCAGAGGUUCCAGGUUCCAGAAAAGCCAGCCAACAGCUGGAAGCCCGAGAGUCCAGAAAGAGUCUCCAGGAGGCAGAGGUUCCAGGUUCCAGAAAAGCCAGCCAACAGCUGGAAGCCCGAGAGUCCAGAAAGAGUCUCCAGGAACCAGAGGUUCCAGGUUCCAGAAAAGCCAGCCAACAGCUGGAAGCCCGGAGUCCAGAAAGAGUCUCCAGAAGCAGAGGUUCCAGGUUCCAGAAAAGCCAGCCAACAGCUGGAAGCCCGAGAGUCCAGAAAGAGUCUCCAGGAACCAGAAGUUCCAGGUUCCAGAAAAGCCAGCCAACAGCUGGAAGCCCGAGAGUCCAGAAAGAGUCUCCAGGAGGCAGUGGUGCCAGGGUCCAGAAAAGCCAGCCAACAGCUGGAAGCCCGAGAGUCCAGAAAGAGUCUCCAGGAGGCAGAGAUUCCAAGUUCCAGAAAGCCAGCGAACAGCUGGAAGCCCGAGAGUCUCGAAAGAGUCUCCAGGAGGCAGAGGUGCCAGAGUCCAGAAAAGCCAGCCAACAGCUGGAAGCACAAGAGUCUCAAAAGAGUCUCCAAGAGCCAGAGGUUCCAGGUUCCAGAAAAGCCAGCCAACAACUAGAAGCCCGAGAGUCUAGAAAGAGUCUCCAAGAGGCCGAGGUGCCAGGGUCCAGAAAACCCAGCCAACAGCUGGAAGCCAAAGAAUCUAGAAAGAGUCUCCAGGAAGCAGAGGUGCCAGGGUCCAGAAAACCCAGCCAACAGCUGGAAGCCCUAGAGUCUCAAAAGAAUAUCCAGGAGCCCGAGGUUCCAGGAUCCAGAAAAGCUAGCCAGCAAUUGGAAGCCCAAGAGUCUAGAAAGAGUCUCCAAGAGCCAGAAGUUCCAGGAUUGGAAAAAUUAGCCAGCAGCUGGAAGCACAAGAGUCUCAAAAGAGUCUCCAAGAGCCAGAGGUUCCAGGUUCCAGAAAAGCCAGCCAACAACUAGAAGCCCGAGAGUCUAGAAAGAGUCUCCAAGAGCCAGAGGUUCCAGGUUCCAGAAAAGCAGCCAACAACUAGAAGCCCGAGAGUCUAGAAAGAGUCUCCAAGAGGUAGAGGUGCCAGGGUCCAGAAAAGCCAGCCAACAUCUGGAAGCCAAAGAAUCUAGAAAGAGUCUCCAAGAGGCAGAGGUCCCAGCUUCCAGAAAAGCCAGCCAACAGCUGGAAGCCCGAGAGUCUAGAAAGAGUCUCCAGGAGCCAGAGGUGCCAGGGUCCAGAAAAGCCAGCCAACAGCUAGAAGCCCAAGAGUCUAGAAAGAGUCUUCAGGAGCCAGAGAUUCCAGUUUCUAGAAAAGCUAGUCUACAGCUGGAAGCACAAGAGUCUCAAAAGAAUCUCCAAGAGCCAGAGGUUCCAGAAUCCAUAAAAGUUACACAGAAGCAAUCACAAGAGAGUAGACAACUGUAUAUGGCUGAAAUGACUGAACAAGUAGGUGCCUCUGAAAGCCAAGCAACUCUACAAAGAUCCACUGGUCCUUUAGACAGGGAGAACAAAGGUUUGCAGACAUGCAGCAUAAUUUCUAUAGAAGAUGGGAUGUGGCUGAACAGAAAAACAGGCAAGCUUUUAGUAAGUCACACUCAACAAACUGAAAUUGCCUCACGUCAGGCCCCUAAUAAAAGAGCAGCAGAGAGUGGAAACAUGGCAAGACCAUUUGGAUCUGGGAGCCCUGAAAUAGGGCCUCAGUUGGAAGAAUUAAAUCAGAUUGGUACUACAGAUGAGGAAAAGAUAGAUCAGGACCAGCAGCAGCUUAUUCGCAAAGAAUCCCCUCCUGGUAGCCAAGAAGUUUCUGGCCAGGACCAGCCUCCAUUGGGGAAAGAACUUGAACCUGUCAUCCAGCAAGGUUCAAAUCAAGAACUGCUCAGUGACACAGAGAACCCACAAAAUCUAGAGCAAACUGAGGGAGAAGAGCAUGAGUACACAGACGAUGUUGAACAAUUGCUAACUCAACACUUGAGUGAAGCAACACUAGAAAGUAUAGCAACUGCUGAAGGAGAUGAUAUAUCUGUACGGACAUAUAGUGCUGUUUCCGUAGAGGAAGGAUGCUGGAUCAAUAAAAGAACAGGCAGAAAAGUAGUGUCUCAGAAUCUGCAAACAGAAGAAUCUUCAUUUCAGAAACGUGAAAACACAGAGGAACCCCAGAACAGUGACAAACCACCAGAAGAAGACAUGACUGAAAUAACUGAGCCAAGUGGAUAAAACAUGACAGGCAGCAUGAGGAGAUGAAGGAAUGAAGAAUGACCAUGAUCCCUACGGCCACUAUACCCACCUAUGUAGAAAUCCUUCAAGGAUGCUGGAGAAGAUGAGAGGGGGGAAAAGCAGCUACUGAUAUGGAAAAGAGUCCCAUUUACAAUGAAU